AUGAUGAACACAAAUGAUGAGUAUGAAGAACAACAACGAACACCUUCAUCUAAGAAGUUAUUCUUUAAGCUGGCUGACCAAGCUUUUUCUGUCACAGUAAGCUUUAAGGGAGAGUUCGUUAAGGGCCCCAGCUCCCCAAGAAGCCUUAUAUCAGGGCCCCAGCUCCCUAAAAUGCUUUAUACCAGGGCCCCAGCUCCCCAAGAUGCCUUAUAUCAGGGCCCCAGCUCCCCAAGAUGCCUUAUAUCAGGGCCCCAGCUCCCUAAGAUGCCUUAUAUCAGGGCCCAGCUCCCUAAAAUGCCUUGUAUCAGGGCCCCAGCUCUCCCAAAUGCCUUGUAUCAGGGCCCCAGCUCUCCCAAAUGCCUUAUAUCAGGGCCCCAGCUCCCUAAGAUGCCUUAUAUCAGGGCCCCAGCUCUCCCAAAUGCCUUAUAUCAGGGCCCCAGCUCCCUAAGAUGCCUUAUAUCAGGGCCCCAGCUCCCUAAGAUGCCUUAUAUCAGGGCCCCAGCUCCCCAAGAUGCCUUAUAUCAGAGGCCCAGCUCCUCAAGAUGCCUUAUAUCAGGGCCCAGCUCCCUAAGAUGCCUUAUAUCAGGGCCCAGCUCCCUAAGACGCCUUAUAUCAGGGCCCAGCUCCCUAAGACGCCUUAUAUCAGGGCCCAGCUCCCUAAGACGCCUUAUAUCAGGGCCCCAGCUCCCUAAGACGCCUUAUAUCAGGGCCCAGCUCCCUAAGACGCCUUAUAUCAGGGCCCAGCUCCCUAAGAUGCCUUAUAUCAGGGCCCAGCUCCCUAAAAUGCCUUAUAUCAGGGCCCCAGCUCUCCCAAAUGCCUUAUAUCAGGGCCCCAGCUCUCCCAAAUGCCUUAUAUCAGGGCCCCAGCUCCCCAAGAUGCCUUAUAUCAGGGCCCCAGCUCCCCCAAAUGCCUUAUAUCAGGGCCCCAGCUCCCUAAGAUGCCUUAUAUCAGGGCCCCAGCUCCCUAAGAUGCCUUAUAUCAGGGCCCCAGCUCCCUAA